CGUCGUCGUCGAAUCUCUUCGCUGGUGCUAUUCGUCGGUGGUUACUAUUUCUUUCGUCCGGGUCGGGAUUCCUCCGUUUGUUAAGUAAAAACUUGUGCAGCGCCCUGCAUAGAUCCGCGGAGUUCGGUUCGACAAAAACAGCAGUGAUCUACAGCGUGUCAAGCAGCCAUAGUAACGAUGCUCAUAUUGGCUGCCGUCCGUGGGCUGUCCCGCCGGUCGUUUUCGACCUCGAAAGUCCUUUCCGCUCAGCAGCUGACCGUCCGCGAUGCCCUCAACGCGGCCUUGGAUGAGGAGAUGGAACGGGACGAGAAGGUUUUCAUACUCGGCGAGGAAGUGGCCCAGUACGACGGUGCCUACAAGGUUUCGCGUGGGCUGUGGAAAAAGUACGGUGACAAGCGUGUAAUCGACACCCCAAUCACCGAAAUGGGGUUCGCUGGUAUUGCAGUCGGUGCAGCCAUGGCGGGGCUCCGUCCGGUGUGUGAGUUCAUGACGUUCAACUUUUCGAUGCAGGCCAUUGAUCAGGUCAUCAACUCAGCGGCUAAAACCUUCUACAUGUCGGCCGGUACCGUCAAUGUACCAAUUGUUUUCCGCGGUCCAAACGGAGCUGCAUCUGGUGUAGGAGCUCAGCAUUCACAGUGCUUUGGAGCAUGGUACUCUCACUGCCCCGGACUCAAAGUCGUCUCACCGUAUGACAGUGAAGAUGCCAAAGGUCUUCUAAAAGCUGCCAUUCGUGAUCCGGAUCCGGUGGUGUGUCUGGAAAACGAAAUGCUCUACGGUGUGGGCUACCCCGUAUCGGACCAGGUGCUAGACAAAGAAUUUGUGUUGCCCAUCGGAAAAGCGAAAAUCAUGCGACCUGGCAAACACAUAACGCUAGUAGGUCACUCCAAGUCGGUUGAAACAGCACUCCAAGCGGCGACUGAACUUGCCGGUAAAGGGGUGGAGUGUGAAGUUAUUAAUCUACGGUCGCUGCGUCCGCUCGAUACUGAUACUAUUUUUAAGUCAGUGCAAAAAACACAUCAUUUGGUGACGGUCGAGCAAGGUUGGCCGCAAAGCGGUAUUGGGUCAGAGAUCUGCGCUAGAAUUAUGGAACACGAGACAUUCUUCCAUUUGGAUGCACCAGUUUGGCGUGUGACAGGAGUGGAUGUUCCUAUGCCAUAUGCUAAAACGCUAGAGGCCGCUGCACUGCCACAGGUGCCCGAUAUCGUUACCGCAGUUAAUAAGGUGUUAGGAGUUAAGUAAAAAUCACACUAUCAGUGACCUACACAACGAAUAUGAUUUAGGGGUAGAAGCCACAAAUUAUUCGAAGACAAGGCAUGGAAGCAGCAAAAAGAAACAGCGUGCAGCGAUAUUUUUUCUGUGUUUCAAUAUGGUUAAUAUUGGCAAUAGAUUUUUAUUUAUCUUGAAUUGGAUAUUUGAGGAAAACCACGAGCGGAAUAUUGUGACUUAAUUUGAUUCGUGAAACAAAACCACACUUCUAUCUGUUUAGUUCUCGUGGAUUUUAAUUUUAUGGUUGUUUUAGGAAAGGAACUCAGCAGCGAAUCUGCCAUGCAAGACGGUCUUGUAUAAAGUUCAAAUCGCCAACGCAUUCAGGUAGAACCUAGUUUGUAAAUAACUGAUAAACACACGAUUCAUACGAUAUUUAACACAGCUAUUUCAUUCGAUCCACUAUCGUUUAAAACUUGUACGUCGUUCUGUUUUCCAAUAACAGUCGAAUGCGGUCGAAGUCAUUUCAUUCAAGCUUUCCUUUCCUCGGUUUGUACUGUAUCAAGUUCACUAACUGAUACAAGCUAUGUAAACAUGAAAUAUACAGAUCAAAUGAGUAUACGA